AUGCUCUUCUCCUCCUCGCCUCCUCCUCCGCUGCUCCGUGUCAACUCCCUCUACACAGCAAAGCCUCCCUUCACCGAUUCCAUGGUUGCUGAUGCUCCCAGGUGGGCUCAGAAGACUAUUACUCUACUCCCACACCGCCGUGGCUGUCAUCUUAUUACUCCAAAGAUUGAAUUAUAUAUGUUUACAUAUAUUUAUAUCAUCUCAGUGCAUCAAACAAGCGCCUCUCUCACUAUCAAUGAGAAUUACGACUCUGAUGUUCGAGACGACACUGAGACUUUCCUCAACAAAAUUGUUCCCGAGGGAAGAUCUGCCCUUGGAAGCAUACCCUCGAAGUGCUGGGGGAUCAACUGCUUCCCCUUCACAGAGGGGCCAAGUGAAAAGUGGGUGGAAAAUAUGGGAGCAGCAGAAAUUUUCGUUCUCUGUUAGUACUUCAUCAUUUUCAGGGUGAUAUUGGGUAGCAAAUGAUUUCUAAGUUUAGCAGGCAAUAAGAUUGCGAAGAAUAAAUGCAUGCAAGUAAAACAGAUAUUGAUCUCCCGAACGAACUUAAAGUUGAUAAAAUUCAAGUAUGUGUGUACAGAAAAAGAAUGAAUAAUUAAGCACUUGAACGAGAACAAAUGAA